AUGGAAGAAGCAGAACACGUUGUAUCGAAGGAAAAUUCUGAAAUUCGUCGUCCUAAUGAGAAGCGUCGUAAGAAGAAAAGUGAAAAAAGGAAGAAGGAAGCUAAAAAAUAUUCAAAUAUUUUAUUUUCCUGUGUUACCGUGGAAAAAGAUACUGAUAAAAAGAAAACGAGUGAAAAUGUUGAUACGAAAAUUGUAGAUAGAGGAACAGUUCGACGAUUGGUUGCCAACAGAACAAGAGAGCAAAAAGGCCUAAAAAGACAACAUCCUAAACCAGAACAGCCACCUGUUCAAAAUAUUGUUCGCAUGAAAACAUUUCCGGUUGCAGCCAUAUCGAUGGGUUUAUUCAUUGCAAAUGGUGGUAAUAUGGGUGGAUCAAGUUGCAGCGUAACGUUUUGCUUUUCUUCCCGUCAUUUGCGUUAUGAUUUAUCGUAUAGUUCUGGUGUUCUAUCAUAUAGAGCUGGUUAUAAAGUCGCAUUCAAUCAUCUGGAAGCGAUUAAUUUUCAAGGAUAUUAUGUGAAUUUCAAGUUAUCGCAACCAGCGCAGCAAGAAUACUGCAACCGAGAAAGUAUUGCAAAUAACAAACGUAUUGUCGUGCCAUGUAACGAUUUUGACGUCACCUUGGGACAGUACAAAACAGCUCUUGUUCAUGUAGUUCGCUUAAAUAGCGAUGAGUCAUCUAUAUGGGUUUAUCAUUUGCUUAAUGCAGAUCAAGAAUUUUUCAAGCCCAUAAUACGACCAGUAAUGCUAAUGAGCGGUAACAGCAAUUCUAAUUAUAGCACAAGUGCUGGAUCUUCAAAGAGUUCAUUACCAACAUUCACUGCAAAUCCCACGACAGCGUCUUUGUACUCCAGUCAUUCUAAUCCUUAUAAUUUUGUUACGCCAAAAUGUUUACCCUCGGUAUCGUCGUAUAUGACACAAUAUAGUAAUAUCAAUAAUGAAAUAGCACCAAUACGUUACAACGAAAUAGCAAGUUCUACCUCGCUUUCUACCACCUUUACGUCGUAUACUAUUGAGCAAUCGCAGUCUACCAUUGUUUACAAUGGUGUGGAAGAUUCAUGGCAAUCUGAAAUAUUUUUGGCUCCACAAGAACUGAAAACUUGUCCGGAUGUUCCACAGACUGUUACUAUGGAAUCGGCAAUAACAAAUAAUGAAGGAUGUAUGUAUGAGUCGACUAAUGGAAUGGACAACAAUUGCGGAUUGCAAAUAACAGAAUGCUAUAAUGAAAACACUGCAGAAGAGAAUCAACCGAAAGGGGGCAAUGAUCCAAGUACCAUUAGUCCCAUGUAUGUCCUGUCAGAGCCGGAGCAUGUAGAUUCGGAAUAUGUUCCACAAAAAUCUGAUUCGCAAUACAUUCUCAGUGAUUUGGAUAUCCUUUUUCAGUAA